UGUUGUGUAAAAAAAUCUGUUUCGUUUCGUUUUGCUUCCGUACUAUAUUAAAAUACUAAAAUAAAUUAAUGUUAUUGUUAGUGUUCUCCCUGCACAUACUAUUUAUUUCCAAUGUAGAUUAAAUUGACUCGUUAGGGUUGUUAUUUACAAAAUAUACCACGACUACAGCAAGCCAUUUCAGUGAAAUAAAGUCAAAAUGUUAAAGAUUUCCCUAUUUUAUGCCGUUGUCACUGUUUGUAUCGGAUUAGGAUAUGUCAGACCAGUAUUGGCGGGUGGUGAACCUCAGUGGGACUUACUUAUAUUUACUCAAAGGUGGCCAAUAACGGUGUGUCUUGAUUGGGAAUCUAAAGGUCCGAACCACACAUGCGCUAUGUCAGACAAGCCGGAUGAAUGGAAAGUACAUGGCAUUUGGCCAACUCGCUUACAUACCAUGGGCCCAGCAUUUUGCAACAAGACGUGGCACUUUGACCCUGAAGAAGUCAGACCUAUUGAAUCAAAUCUCACUGAAAAGUGGACUAACAUAGAAAUUGAAGGAGCAUCAUAUUCAUUUUGGGCUCAUGAAUGGAACAAACAUGGCACUUGUGCAGCACCUGUGGUGGAAGCCAUCAACACACAACUGAAAUACUUCACUCAAGGCCUCAAAUUACUCUCUAUGUAUUCAAUGACUGACAUAUUGAGUAGUGCUGGUAUUAUUCCAACAUACACCUCAUAUUACUACUACUAUAACUCAUAUUCCCUAGCUGAUAUCAAUAGGGCUAUCAAACAGAGGCUGGGUGUAAACCCUGUCAUUGAAUGUCGAGAAUUUCACGGAAAAAACUAUCUGUUUGAGCUGCGUGUUUGUUUUAACAAACAUUUUGAAUUCGAAAACUGUGAUGGAGUAGUAACUAGUGAUGACAUAUCCAAAAUAUUCCUGGAGGGUGAUCAAAUACUAACUAACUGUCAGCCUGAUAAUUAUAUAGUUUACCCACUAUCAGAUAAUUUUGGUAAGCCACCUAACAUGUUGUAUGUGCAAUUAUAUAAAUUUAUUGAAUGGUUGCAGUGGUUCACAUUGUGAAAGUUUAAAUCUUAAGGUAUUUUGUUGUUAACAGCCUCCAUAUGACAAUGUUAUGAGGUAUAUAAUAAAUAUAUUUUUAUCAAAUGCGAGAA